AUGCGUGAAAUUAUCAGCUUGAACGUCGGCCAGGCCGGUUGCCAGAUCGCCAACUCGUGUUGGGAGCUGUACUGCCUUGAGCACGGCAUCCAGCCCGAUGGUCUCCUGACCGAGGAGCGCAAGAAGUCCGACCCCGACCAGGGCUUCAGCACCUUCUUCUCUGAGACUGGUAGCGGCAAGUACGUGCCCCGAACGAUCUACUGCGAUCUCGAGCCCAACGUCGUCGACGAGGUUCGCACUGGCGCCUACCGCGGCCUGUUCCACCCCGAGCACCUGAUUAGCGGCAAGGAGGAUGCGUCCAACAACUAUGCCCGUGGCCACUACACGGUCGGCAAGGAGCUGAUCGACCAGGUCCUCGACAAGGUUCGCCGCGUCGCCGACAACUGCAGUGGUCUCCAGGGUUUCUUGGUGUUCCACUCCUUCGGUGGUGGCACCGGGUCUGGUUUCGGCGCGCUGCUCAUGGAGCGUCUGUCGGUCGACUAUGGCAAGAAGAGCAAGCUUGAGUUCUGCGUGUACCCGUCGCCCCAGACGGCCACCUCGGUGGUUGAGCCGUACAACUCGAUCCUGACGACCCACACCACCCUCGAGCACGCCGACUGCUCGUUCAUGGUGGACAACGAUGCCAUUUACGACAUUUGCCGGCGCAACCUGGGCCUUGAGCGGCCCAGCUACGAGAACCUGAACCGCCUGAUUGCGCAGGUUGUCUCCUCCAUCACUGCGUCGCUCCGGUUCGACGGCUCGCUUAACGUCGACCUGAACGAGUUCCAGACCAACCUGGUGCCGUACCCGCGUAUCCACUUCCCGCUCGUCGCGUAUGCGCCGGUCAUCUCGGCGGCCAAGGCCGCCCACGAGGCCAACUCGGUGCAGGAGAUGACCAUGUCGUGCUUUGAGCCCAACAACCAGAUGGUCAAGUGCGACCCCCGCAAGGGCAAGUACAUGGCCACCUGCCUGCUGUACCGUGGUGACGUUGUGCCCAACGACGCGCACGCUGCUGUGGCGACCCUCAAGACCAAGCGCACGAUCCAGUUCGUCGACUGGUGCCCGACUGGUUUCAAGCUCGGUAUCUGCUACCAGCCACCUCACCAGGUGCCCAACGGCGACCUUGCCAAGGUCAACCGCGCUGUGUGCAUGCUGUCCAACACCACUGCGAUCGCCGAGGCGUGGUCCGCCCUGUCCGAGAAGUUCGACCUCAUGUACUCGAAGCGUGCGUUCGUGCACUGGUACGUGGGCGAGGGUAUGGAGGAAGGCGAGUUCUCGGAGGCCCGCGAGGAUCUUGCGGCUCUGGAGCGCGACUACGAGGAGGUGGCUGCCGACUCGCUGGAGGGCGAGGAGCUGGAGGCCGAGUACUAG